AACCAGCUGGCCAGUCAGCUCCCAGAUGCGUCCGUCCGGUUUGGUGGCAAGCGGCCUGGCGGUGGACGUGUCUUCCAAGGCGAGGGCUUCAUCCGAUGCGGUUGUCGGCAGCUAUUGGUUCGAAGUGAACACCUGUAUCAAUGGGGAUCAACCACGGGUGGCUCGCUGGGCCCCAGAGCGGCUGCAUCUAAAGAGAGACAUCAGGCAGCCCGACUUUUCUGAAUCUCGGCCGGUAACCUCCCCUUCUCGACACUAACCCUGUCUCAGAGAUCAGUGGGAGGAAAAGAAACAAGUUGAGUGGAUCGGCACUUUAUGACAACGACGCUUGGCUGCAGGGCAAGCGUAACAGGCCGCACAGAAAGUGGGAGGAGCAGCCUCCAUAAAGAUGGGCAGCGAUCCUCCCCGGCCGUCCCAGCAUUCCGACACUCGCUUGAAGAAUGAAACCCUGAUAGGCAUCUUUCUUGAUCGAUCUUUCGUGGGUUGAACGGUUACCCGGUAUUCUUAUGACAAACGGACGGUGCAUGGCGGUUACAUUAUAAUUUUGGGACUUUUCUUAUCGAUUUGGGUACAUGCAGCCUCGUCUUUUGAGGACGUACGUUGAGGGCGGUUCGACGCAGACGUUCUAUUUCGUAGCAGUCACAUACAGUCGGAGGUCGGAAGCGGCACCGGCGUUGGGUCUGAACGACAUAAGGGAAGAGAAGAGUGGAAUUCUAUACACACGCACAAUUUCUACAUCGUUUUCAGCACCCUGAGCAUUACCAACGUCGCCGGUUCAGACAGCCGACAUCAGUAACCAACCUGGGCUUUAACGGAAGUACCAAGCGAGAAGAGCCAAGAAGAAGCUACUGGUUCUUGGACCAUUUCUCGAAGCAACCUGCAGUUAAGGGGUCGUGGUUUUUGCUGCCGAAAUAGCGCAGCAAAGGCCUCGGAAGCAUCGCAUCUACGCCAGGGAGCGAAAGUCGGCGACGAGAGUCCGGAGCUUCCUGUCAGAGGAGACUGUCGUGUUCUUGAGUGCUGCUUGCCAUUGACUCGGGAGUAGCCAAGGACAACGUUGCCGGUUUGUUCCCUAAUUCUGCCACCCCAAAGGCGACUUAUCCUGAGAAAGAACCGCGUAGUCUGCUACUUGCUGGCUGGUCGUUCCCUUUUACGCUUUCUCAAGGAGAAUCAUUGACAAGCCUGGGAGCCGUGGAUUGUCGAGGAAACAUCUAUGCUUCUGGGAGUUGUGUAAUAAGGAAAGGAAAAGACAGGAAUUACAGAGCCUUGGACCCUACGUCGAGGGCAUAUUUUCAGCAACGGGCCUGCACUGGUUCAAGUCCCUGCAAGGCUUUCUUCCCCUUACACAUCGACUCAGACCCUCACGGAGCUGGGCCCCUUCCCCUAAGUGGUCUUCUCACCUUCUCCGACUACCUCAUCACUGAAAAAGUUCCUCCCCUUGUCGACGUCUCCUUCCCAAGGCAAGCAGCUUUCGGCUCUUUCUUUCCAGCUGCCUCAUUCAAACGGAUCUGGAGAAAGAAGGCUCCCUCAGAGUCUUUGGUGACAACAUUUGCCAUUGUUGACGUUGACCGAGCUUCCCUUCUGGUUCCAAGCCUCUGCUCCUCUCCAGACAGCAAAGUUCCAUCCUGAGGGAUUCUUAGUUCAACGCACCUCAUCCAAUCUUGGAAGCCUUUGGCCUCGGUUGACCCUCAGGCAUGACUAUGUCCUAUCAGACUCAAACCAUGGACCCCAAGCACACCGUUGCGUUCGCCAGUGCCGGCAACCACCACAUGUCCGGAAAUCACGCUGCCCAGUUCCCUGAGAAUCAGUUGCCCGGCAUGAUGGGCAGCGUUGACGCCUUGGCUGGUACAAUCAGCCAGUUUCAGGGCAUGACCUUGGGCAACGGCAUCUCUCACAGCGCCAGCAACAUGGGACAGAUGGCUGCCGCUCACACCUACUUGCUUCCCCAAGACUACAUGCUUGCUCCCCAUCUACCGUCGGCCAUGGGAAUGGACCACCUCUCCCAGGGUCCGUACGGCCCCGCCGCCGGUGGCUACCUGGCGGCUCCUGGACAGUUCAGCCCUUACAUGCCUUACCCCAUGAUGCCGUUUACCCCUGGCCGUGCCGUCAGCGGAAGUGCGGCUCUUCUAGACCGUACCAACCGUGGCCACAAUGACCUACCAGGCCUCGAGAACCGUCGUCACAGUGGUGGCUCGUAUACCACUACCGAGUCCGCUCCCACGACUCCGUUUUACAACGGAGGUGGCAAGAACGACAAAGGUCCUCGUGUCGCUGCACUUGACCGAUCGACCUACACCACGCCCUCUCCACAGCAGGUUGUCGGUGGCAACAUCUUCGUUGAACCUGCUGCCAAGCACAGUGCCAUCAAUAUCCCCGUCGAUCGCAACUUGGAGGAGCUUCUCAAGCAGGAUCCUGCCGUGCCCAAGGCCGUUCCCGCCGUGUUCACCCCAGCCACCCAGAUGAAGACUCUGGACCAAAGCUUGGAGAAUCGGAUUCCGGGCAACCGCAACGUCUACAUACGUGGUCUUCACCCGACUACUGACGAUGACCUCUUGUUUCGGUUUGCGGCCCGCUUUGGAAACGUCGAGACCUCCAAGGCCAUCAUUGACACUUCCACUGGUGCUUGCAAGGGCUUUGGGUUUGCCAAGUUCUACGACGUUCGUGACUCGGAAAUGUGCAUCCGAGGCUUUCAUCGUCUUGGUUACGAAGUUGGAUUCGCCCGUGAAUCCUUCAAUUCUCGUCUGAAGGCCGAGGGCGACGAGGGAUCUACCAACCUGUACAUCUCUAACCUUCCCAAGAGCUUGACUGAGAAUGAUCUCGGCGACAUCUUCGGGGGCUACCACAUCAUGUCGUCCAAGAUCCUUCGUGACAGCAUGGGCAACAGUCGUGGUGUCGGCUUCGCUCGUUUCGAGUCCCGCGACGUGUGUGAUACUGUCAUUAAGCAGUUCAACGGCAUCCCCGUCGGCGAGGAGGGAAUGGUCAUGAACAUCCGCUACGCCGACACUCCCAGUCAGAAGGAGCUCAAGCGAGUGACCGCUGAGCGCCGCCAGUUCCGCACCAACGAGUACAAUAUCGGUGCCUACGGCACUCCCCUUGUUGGCAUUCAGCCCAACAUGUACAACCAGCCGGCUUGGAAGCGUGCCCUGCACGCCACCGCCAACACCGGUUACGCACCUCGCUCCAUGACCGGUGGUCUUGAUCGAAUGGGCAAGGUGGUCAAGUCUGAUGCCUACCAGGCGGGCACUGUUCAGGGAAACCCCCAAUCAUCCGUGGAGGCUACUGUCAUCGAGACGGCGUCUGAUGACAGCGACGAAGGCGUGACGAUCCAUGCCGACUCGACCACUCCCGUCAUUGUCAGCACGCAGUCUUCCCCGAUCUCGAAGAAGGAGCAGAAGUGAACAAGAAUUAUCAGGAGCAUUUGAAUUUUCGGGCUACAUCAUUGGUCGUUUUGUCACGCGGAAUUCGGGGGUUUCUGCGUCACAGCAAAUGGUAGUAUGGUUUCGAUCAGGGAACAUUUUAUGCUCUGAGGUAGUUGAUAGUCUAGGUGCAUGGAGCUCGCAUGGGCCAGCUUUAGUUCUUCUUGUACCUUACGUUAGUUUUUUGGGGGGGCAGAAAAAAAAUCCGGAC